UGGCCAUUCGCUCGCCUCGCCCGCAGCCGGGAGCGUUUCUGCCUGUCCGUCCGCCUCAUCCUGCCCGCCAUGAGUGAUCUACAGGAAGAGGGCAAAAGUGCCAUCAACUCACCGAUGUCCCCAGCGCUGGUGGACGUUCACCCGGAAGACACCCAGCUAGAGGAGAAUGAGGAGCGCACGAUGAUUGACCCCACCUCCAAGGAGGACCCCAAGUUCAAAGAACUGGUUAAGGCUCUCCUGGACUGGGUCAACGACGUGCUGGUGAAGGACAGGAUCAUCGUGAAGCAGCUGGAGGAGGACCUGUACGACGGCCAGGUGCUGCAGAAGCUCCUGGAGAACCUGGCGGACUGCAAGCUGAACGUGGCCGAGGUGACGCAGUCCGAACUUGGGCAGAAACAGAAGUUGCAGACGGUGCUAGAAGCCGUGCAUGACCUGCUGCGGCCCCACGGCUGGGCGCUCCGGUGGACCGUGGACUCAAUCCACGGCAAGAACCUGGUGGCCAUCCUCCACCUGCUCGUCGCCCUGGCCACGCACUUCCGGGCCCCGAUCCGCCUCCCCGAACACGUCUCUGUGCAAGUGGUGGUCGUGCGGAAGCGGGAAGGCCUGCUGCAUUCCAGCCACGUCACGGAGGAGCUGACCACAACCACGGAGAUGAUGAUGGGCCGAUUUGAGCGGGACGCCUUUGACACGCUCUUCGACCACGCCCCGGAUAAGCUCAGCGUGGUGAAGAAGUCUCUCAUCACGUUCGUGAACAAGCACCUGAACAAGCUGAACCUGGAGGUGACGGAGCUGGAGACCCAGUUUGCAGACGGCGUGUACCUGGUGCUGCUCAUGGGCCUCCUGGAGGACUACUUCGUCCCUCUCCACCACUUCCACCUGACGCCGGACAGCUUCGAGCAGAAGGUCCACAACGUGUCCUUUGCCUUUGAGCUGAUGCUGGACGGAGGGCUCAAGAAACCCAAGGCUCGCCCCGAAGAUGUGGUGAACUUGGACCUCAAAUCCACCCUGCGGGUGCUUUACAACCUGUUCACCAAGUACAAGGAUGUCGAGUGAGGAGCUGCAGCAGCGGGCCUUUCCGCCAGAGGAGCAGCGCCCGAGCCCUGGGCCUUCUGGGGAG